AUGCAAGCUCACUCUCAUCCGAGUAUCCUGGCUCUAGGCAUCAUCUUCCUCGAGAUCGCCACAGGUUCCAUGUUCCCCAAAAGUUCCCAAACAGCGGAUUCCAGCUGGGAGCAAUGCAGUAAAAUUUUCCUGAAAGCCUGGGACCAGAUGGAGAAGCUGGAAACGGAGCGAGAGUAUAUAUCCUCUGCUCUCCGCAAGAAGAAGGUCCAAUUACGCCAGUACAUCCUGUCAUGCAUCCUUCUUCCGCUGGCAUCGGAGCUGGUGGAUGGCUACAACAUUCGCCUAGAGGAGUUCCAUACGUCGUUGGACAAGGAGCUGAACGGUCUUGGCAACGUCGAGGAAGCAAGCGUCAAACCAUCACUUAAGCAACCGCCGGAGAGCUGCCGUCACAGCCUAGCAACGGUGCCUGAGGUUGAAACAGCGCCUCAGGUUCAGGUUGCGAGACGACAUGAAUUGUGUCUUAUGGCAGAUGGGGAUGAGAGGGAAGUAACAGUCAAUGAAGAAGCCAACAGGAGAACAAAUGAGUGGUUUGAGUACCACGAAGACGUCCUUUUCCGAGCCAAACAGUUGCGCGACGUCAGAACGUCAAACGCAAGAAGAAUCAAGAUUGCCAUAUUGGAUAAUGGCAUCGAGUUGAGAUCAGAACACCGAGAAUUGUACGACUUCGAGCCGAGGAUCAAGUACAAGAGCUGGGUCGACGGGCACACCGAAUGGAGAGAUGACGUCGGCCAUGGAACCCAUCUAGCCAUCCUCCUGCGGAAGAUCACGCCAAACGCCGAGAUUCAUAUGGCGAGAGUAUUCAAGAGCAGACCUAAUGGCGACAAGUCUGCGCUAAUUAUUGCUGAGGUCCUUCAAUACGCUGUAAAUGUGUGGAAAGUUGACAUUAUCGUCAUGUUCUUUGGCUUCUUCGUCAACAACGAUGUCAUGUACCAAGAAAUUCAAGACGCCGCUAGGAAAGGCGUGUUGAUGUUUGCAGCAGCAUCCAACGGGGGAAAGAACCGGCCGGAUGGCAUUGUAUGGCCAGCUCGGGAAGAAAACGUCAUCUGCGUCCAUUCGGGGGAUGGAUACGGCAACCGUUCUGCAUUCACACCGAGUCCGAUGGACAACAUGCGGAUCAUGGUUCUCGGGGAGUGCAUCAACUCAGCAUGGCCACGAAAGCUGAGGUCGCCGGGCGACCACAGACAAAUGAGUGGUACAUCGUGUGCAGCGCCCAUUGCUGCCGGGAUCGCUGCUGUGGUUCUCGACUGCGCAAGAGGCUUCCUCAGUGGCCAGGAGUGGAAGAGCCUUUGCCGGGUGCGUUCUAUGAGACGAAUGUUUGAAGCGAUGAAAGACUCGGGCAAGUCAGAUGGGUAUUGGUGGAUCAAGCACUGGACUCUGUUUCAUGAAGACCGGGAGGAUUCUUGGAUACAGGAGGAAAUAAGAAGCUAUGUCAGGUAA